AUUGGAUUCCAUGAAUCAUUUAAGUUGAAUGUCUGCCAGAAUCCAUUCGGUUAACUGACGCUCAGGGAUUGAAGGUUUCUCUGUGUAUUGGAAGCAGGACAAUCAAGACUUCACCAAGCUGCCAAACUGGAACCAUGUCUGUAGAAGACGACAUCAGGAGCCAGUUCUCAUGCUCAAUAUGUCUGGAUACAUUUAAAGAUCCAGUCACCACAGAAUGUGAACAUGACUUCUGCAGACCCUGUAUAACAGAGUAUUGGGACAGGGAGGAAACAUCCAUCUGUCCAUUGUGUCGACAGUAUUCCUCUGGCAUUUUGAGAACUAAUCGAACGCUAGCUUGUGUGGUCGAGAUACUACAGUCAAAGAAAGGGAACAGUUCGGAAGAAACUGAGUCAAGUGGUGACAAUAAUUUUGGAUUCCUGCUCCUCGUCAUUCUCAUCUUCGUGAUUGUGCUCCUUUGGUCACUGAGCCCAGAUGCCUCUUCUCUCGGGUUCUACCCUAAGGAUUAUGACAUGUGUCCUCAGCACAAGGAGAAACUGAAGCUUUUUUGUGAAGAUGACCAAGAGUUAAUUUGUCUAAUUUGCAGAGACUCCAACAAACACAAGAACCAUCGAGUUUAUCCCAUCAAUGAAGCCGCUCGAUACUAUAAGCAUGAACUGACUGCAAUGUUGGAAUCGCUGAAAAGAAAGCUCAUCCAUCACCAAGUAAUAAAGUCCAACUAUGAGGAGAAUCUGACACAGUUGAUGGAUGAAGUGUCUCUGACAGAGCAGAGAAUUGGGAGGGUCUUUGUACAUCUUCAUGAGUACCUGAGAAUGGAAGAAGAGAAUAUUAUGCAGGAACUCCACAACGAUGCAUGGCAGCGAUUCACUGUGCUGGAAGAAAUCAUCAUGCAAUUGACUUUCGAGUCCACCUCAUUAUCAGACACUAUUCAAGCAGUCAGUGAAGAUCUGAUUCAGGAAGAUGCCAUACUAUUCUUAAUGAAACUGAAAACUACACAAGAGAGAAUUAAAAUGACAAUCUCCGAUCCCAGGGAUGUGUCAGUAAAGAUAGAUGGUGCCAAAUAUAAAUUUCUGAUGCUGUACAAUUCCUGGAAAAAAAUGGUCCAUGAGAUUGGUUUUAAUACAGUUUUGGGCCAGCUGCAUCCAUCCUGA